AUGCGCGUUGCCGACCUUUGUGCACGCAAUUCUGCUUCUUGGAUGCUGAAAGUUGUCUUUGCCAGCAUCUGGGUGUUCUGGAAGACCCACAGGCCGCAGCUCGAGAAAAGGCUCUCCGCGAAGCGGAGAAUCCACACUUUGGACGUGCCGCGCUUCCUUCGCGGGCCGACCGUUGCCCCAGGUCCGGUUUUUGUUCCGAGAAGCAAUGGCAAGGAGGAUUCUUCCCAGAUCAGGUUCCGCAGCCAGGUGUCCAAUGCUGAUGUCUUGGCGUAUGCGGAAGGCAAGGCCAUGGACCAAGAAAAGUCUUCGGCAUGCCUUCCCAUCUUUAUCAGGUUGUUGCGUCCGGGGCAGGAUGCAGCGCAAGAAUUCACAUGUUUGGUGUUUCCAAGCGCUCCUCCGGCAGCCAUGCAUAGUACAAUAGACAUGAACCCAGUGCUGGUCCUGAUCUGGCAGCCGGACUGCAUGCCCUGCGUCCUCUUGAAACUUUUCGAGCUCUUGAUGCCUUCGGCAUAUGUCGGAACACAGUGCAAGGGUCCUGACAGAAUCAGCUGGCAUGGCGUCAUGCAAAGGGGCUUUGAGCACGAGGUGGCCACAGACCCUCCGAAUGGGGGUGCUGGUGUGGGCGCUUGUGGCAUCUUUGGCUCAGACAUCCGCAACUGGCACAAGCUUGACUGUGCACCUAUUUGGAAGCAAGACUUCAUCUGUUUUCUUUUCAACGUGGCCGCAGGUCGCUUGCGUGUAGUUUUCGGGUACUUGUCGGAAGAUGAGGCCAGAAAUGGAGAGUGUGCGCCUGAUCAGCUUGGACCCGUAAGUGAUCAGGUUGUGCAGGCUCCACUUUCAGCCCGCUGGGGCACUGCAGCAAACGUGGCGCAGGGAGUUUCAACACUUACUGCUGACAUGGCCACGGGUGCCACUUUCUUACAGGGCGGGAUGUAUCGCUUGUGCUUCAGUGACGAUGGUUCUUUUGCGUCCGGCCGUGCUGACUUGUUGAACGUGCUCUUGAAUGUACAGGCAUAUGUGACUACCCGGCUCCCUGCUGGAACAGGUCUUUUCUUAAUCUUUGCGAAUGGUGAAGAGAAAGCAGGCAUCGACGGUGAAAGUAUCAAAUUCAGUGCAGCCCAGCCAAUCACUAAGAUCGCACUACAGCUGCCAUUGCUUUCGGUCAUUGAUUCUGGCUCCGUGCGGCUGAAGGCAAUAAGCGCCGCGGUUACACGUGAGGAGGUGCUGGCCGGAGCUUGUGCUGCAGGCAGCAUGAUGGAACUUAGCACAGAAAUGGUGGGAGCCCCGUUGUCGUCUGCCUCGGGUGUCGCAACGCUUGAUUCUCGCGGAAGCAGGCAAAUCAACACGUCUUUCGCGGACCCCAUACCGUUUAACUCUGCUGGGCGAGCACAGCUUUGCUAUUCAGAUGAUGGUAGUUUUUCCAAUGACCACGUGGAUCUGGUGAAUGUUGAAUUGAUUGCCGAUGGUUUGAUCAGCACCUGCGAGACGGCUGGCUGCCUGGCUGCUCGCUCUUUCCGCUGUCACGCUUUGCUGGGGAAAGCUUCAGAGUAUGGCAGCUGUGCCUUGCCGAUCGAGGGCGUGCAAGGUGACCUAGGAUUGUUGUCCUGGUCUCGAGGCAUCGAUGGCCUAUAUGGCGGUGAUGGGGCACCCUUGCCGCUUGACACUCCAAUGUGUGGCACGACUGCAGCAGACACUGCCGCUUUCUGUGCAGGCAAGACAUGUGAAGAGGGAAACCGAUCUUUUCAUCUAGACUCUGCUUCGCUCGUCACGAUGCCACCUAGCGAGCCACUGGUGUUUUCGCAAACCGCAAGAGCAGCUGCCGUUUGUUAUUGUACAGGGCUAAGUGGUUGCGACCUUGUCACCGGAGCCGCAGGAUUCUUCCAACAAGUUGGAUUCGUUCAGCUCUUUACCGCAUCAGUGAUGCCUGUGGGAGAAUUCUCCUGUGCGACUUCUUCAUCCGGAGUCCUCGCCUCCAUCCCAUUCGUCUCCUGUGUUUUCUGUCCUUUCGGCGGCUGCCCUUUCGAGGCUGCCUCACGCAUUAUUUUCACACGCCAGCCGGAACCAUGGAAGGCACAGGUCUUCCCAGCCUGGCAUCCGGAACACCGCUGCAAGCAUGCCGUCCAUGAGAGCUUUCUUCUGCCAGUAGCAGAUUUGGCCUUGCAGAUUGAUGGUGGGCCCCGUUCCGAUGUGAAGCGCUUUCGUCCAGAAGAGGGCUACACUCUGCCCAACUGGCCGACCUUUGUCCCAAAAGGCAAUUGGCUAGACAUUUGUUUCACACCGGAUUAUAGGGGAGAGAACGCUAGCGAGUGGUUCAAGGUUGGCGAGGUUGCUGUGCUGGAGGCGUCUCUCGCGGCUUCGUCUACCGUCCCUGGCGGAAGUACCACGUCUCCUCCAAAGCAGGUUGGCCAGGUGGGGCAGAUUUCGAUGUCCAGAUCCUUGCUGCCCUACCGCAAUCCGGAGAAUGUCGUUGGCCUGACUACCGGAGGCGGAAUUCGGCUUGCAUCGAUGAUUAUUACGGAGGACAGCUCCACCAGGGAGGCCUGUGAGAAAGGGCGCACAGUGGGCGUAGUUGGACUCACUCGUGCAAAUGCCUCCGCCUACUCGGCAACGGUACGCGGAGACCGAAUUGUGUUUGAUGGUGGGGAGGUUGGUAAGAGCAUCUACUUUCCUGAUGUUGCAACAGCUGUCGUAUGCUACUGCCCAGAUAUGGGUGGACUUGACGAAUUCGGUGAACAGGUCUGCCUAGGAAGCCCAUAUUGGGUGCCAGUCGGCGCACUGGUCGUAGCAGGUCCUGUUGCGAACCAGUACUGGGUGCUUCCAACCAUGAAGACCUUCCGCUUCGAGUACCUGGGUGUCAACCUACAAGACGGCGACAUGUUGCGUCUCAUCUUGGAGGAUUCCAGCUGUGCAGCUUUCCCACCUGCCGAACGGAUGUGCUUACGGCCGAACGAGGACCCCAUAAACGGCCAUGCUCUGUGCAACAGCAACUUCCUCACCGCUAAUUCGGGCCAUAUGCGCACGACGACCCUCGCAUCUGAUCGGGUGAGAUGCGACGAGUUAAACGAAAACUGCGAGACAGUUCCUCUGACCAACUUAGAGACGACAGAUACCGGUUUGCAAUUGACGUUUGCCGGGACUACCUAUUCGGGCGGUGGACUUGGCAAUCUUGGGCUGAUGGAUGGCGACACGAUUGUGCUCGGAGCCGGAGUGCAGUGUGGUGAAAAUUGCUCCCAGCCGAUGCUGGACAUGGCCAAAGGCUUCCUGGUGUUCCAAGGCUUGCAAAACUACCUGCCGUUGGACGAGGAGGACGGUGAUUUGGCUGCCGACAUAGUUGGGGAGAGACAUGGUACUUUUCAAGGCUGCGCCGGUCAUUCGAUGUGCGGAGGUGCCGGUGUGCAGCGAACUCCAGGGAAGUGGGGAUUCGUUUUUGACGGUCUACCGCCUGAUGCGGCAACUGCAUUCGGUCUGCCCGCUGGAAGUCCAGUUGAAGGAACUGAAGCUUGGAGUGUCGUCUUCUGGGUGCAGCUGGAGAAGGAUGGAUGGUAUACGCUCUGUGGGAUGGCGAAUGGGAACGGCAUCUUUGAGGAUGGCGAAGUUGAGAUAGGCGUUGCCACUGCCCCGUGGCCUGCCGGCAGCCUCUACUUACGCCAAGCCGCCGGCAUCUCCGGCGAAGACCAGGCUGCCAAAGCUCUUCUGUGUCGUUCCGUCAUGCUUUUGACGCUGGAGGCAAUGGGCGAUGCCGUGCUACCAAUGGCACAAUGGGCCCAUGUUGCAGUUGUCUAUGCCGGCAGGAUGAGCGGCAGCUUGCGCUUCUACAUUGACGGAGCACUUGCCUACGAAUGCCUGGGCGUUGUUGUGAACACGUCUACUUUGCCGCUUCAAUUCGCUGGGCAUGUGUCUGAUGAAUUUCCGGGCGGUGCUAAUGCAUCUGACGGGUAUUUGGAGCUCGACGAGAUACGUUUCUACAAUUUGCCGCUGAGUUCUGAAGACGUGUUGGCGUUAGCCAAUGCAUCCGACGGCGGAAUUGCAGACCGGAGCCAGGCUCCAGGUGCGCCUAUUGGGAUUGCCAUCGCUGAAACCUCCAAUCCAGCAGUCUUCACCGUGGAGCAGGGCAGCUUUGCUUCAGCACCAAUACCUCCUCGAUUCCACAUUGAGGGAGGCCAAUGGCGUCGAACUAAUCGAGGCGUGACCCGUGGGGAACUGAUGUCCAGCUCCGCACGGCGGUUGAGACUUGCUGUGAGUAGAAAGUUUGCUGGGAACGUGAUGGCAGAGCAGCUGAUGCUGGUAUUGCAGCUUAACGGAGCUUGGGAUUUGGCCGACGCAGCGGGACUGGCAAAGGGGGAAUGGUCGCAGUCCUCGCCCUUCGUUUUGACCUUCCGGACCGGCAGCGCCGACUCUGCUGGGAGGCGCUACGUGCAGGCAGAAGGACACAUGAGCCUGACCCUGACCUUCAUCAACCAGGCAGCCUUGCGGCACAUGGGGAGCAGUGCACAAGGGCCCUUCGUAAGCUCCUUCAACAUCGGCAGCGAUGAAUGGGAGGAGGCCACGCAGACCGUUUGCGGCAUCGUGUUUCGUGAACUGUGGAGCAGCGACCAGGCGAAAGGCUUCCCGCUUCCGAAGGGUUGCUUUUACCGCGGCUUGACGGUUGACAUGCGUGAGAUUGUCAUCAUCUUCGAAAAGCGGAACGGGUUGUCGCCAGAUUCGCUGUCCUAUCAGAUCGUUAUGAAUGCCCAAGCAACGAACGAGAUGGUUACCGACCAGGAGGCAGGACGCGCAGCGCAGUCGCACAAUGCUGCACAGUGUUCCCUCCUGUGCAGACAGUCCACUUCCAAGCCGGUUGAUCGCCGUAGCUCCAGUCUGGCAGCGAUGGCAGACGCUGAGAGCUCGCAGGAUCAAGAGUUUUCAGAGCUGCUGGGAUUCUUGCAAGACCAGAAGCCCGAAGUGAGACGCUUUGCGGCAGAAGGCGUUUUAGGCCAAACGGAGGACACUGACUUCCUGGACUACUGCCGCCGGAAUCCGCGCAAAGCGGCAAGGCCCCUUCUACGUUUGGCGGAGAGGACCGAAGCAGAGGUUUCAGAGGCAGCAGAGGCCGGAGAAAAGGCCGGAAGCUCUCAGGCUCAGAAGGCAACCGCCAUCCAGGCUGCCAGCAGCAUGGAAGCCUGUGUGUCGGCUUUGAAGGCUUUGGUGAACCUCUCCACCAUCCCCAGCGUACAGGAAGAGCUAGUCUCCCUGAAUGCGCCAAAGCGCAUCACCGAAGCCCUGCGAUCGGGUUGGUUGGAGGGUCGAGCAACGAUGGCCCACUGGUAUGCCAUGGUACUGGCCAACAUCUCUACGAGCGCCAAAGGUCAGCAGGCUUUAUGUGGCGAUGAAGGUAUGCUUAAGUUUCUGGUGGCUGCAUACGUGACUAAGCCGCGGCCGGCUGCAAGGGACGGCUACGAGGAUCCCCUACUUUGGCUCGGAAGCUUGCUGGUCAACGUUUUGGUUCUGCCCGAAGGACGCAAACUUUUCGCGAUGGGAGAGAAUCAUGCACUUACCACGAUCUUCAACGAGCUGGCAGAUCGUGGCCGAAGACAGGACAUGAUCAAUGCGGUCAAGAACACUUGCUUAGAUUCAGAGUGUCAUCAGACAGUCAUCACAACAGAUCUGAUAGCCCAGAUGGCAAGGUUCCUCUGCCCCUGGGAGUCUUUGGAUGCUGAUGCGAAGUCCAUGCUACCGGGAGCCUUGAAGGAGUCUCUCGAGAAAGAUGGUGCUUCACUCACAGGCGAUGUUGCUGUUCGGUCAGCUGCUGCUGUAAGUUUGAUGGGACUUUGUCGCUCACUUGCUGGUCGAGAUUAUCUCCGAGCAAGCGGAUGCGAGCAGGUCUUGCGUGCGUGGCACGCCGAGGAGACCGAUGGCACCAUCAAGGAGCAGAUCGACGUUGUACUUCCUGCCCUGGUGCUGUCCGAAGACGAGCUGAAAGCCGAACAGGACAAGCUGGUGGCACAGCAGGUGGAGACCGGGCCAGCUGAUGAUCCCUGA